AGCCAAAUUAGGUUUUCGAAACAUACCAGAAAAGCAGAAUUUGUUUUCUCUUCAACUUCUUCUCCGUCACUAUCCACGCCCACGGUGAAAGCGUAUAUGGGUGAUCGGCAAGUAGUUGACCAACAGCACUCAGUUGAUCCACAAUUGCCAUCUUCUCCUCCCUCAAAGGAUGAUAUGGUUUCGUGUGUUAUGGCUUUGGAGGCUGCUUUGCUUCCCUGUUUGCCUGCCCGAGAACUUCAAGCAAUAGACCGUUCUCCGCACCCUUCGCAUCAAAUUGACGUGGAUAGGUAUGCAAGAGAUUUUAUGGAGGCUGCCAAGAAGCUUCAGCUUUAUUUUAUUAGCCUUCAACGUGAGGAUAAGCCAACAAAAGCUGAAAUGCUUAGAAAGGAGAUUGCUCUGAUGGAAGAGGAACUCAACAUAAAAAAUGAGCUGAUAAACAAACAAGAAAAUUUAAUUCAGGAGUGGAAAAAAGAGUUGCAAGAACAGUUGGACAAACACAAUAUUGAGUUGGAGAGGGUUUAGUGUAUGCUCGUGCUCCUUUUCUCUUUAUUUAAUAGAUAUUUCUUUCUCUCCCCUCGUCCAUUUGUAUGCUCAACUUACCAAGAAUUUCAAAUACCGUUCGUAUUAGGCCGUUUAUUAAAUAUGAUGUAUUCUUGGGGACCAGGGAUAACUGCAAAUAACCAAGAAAUAUAUGGCAUGAUUCAGAAAUCAGUCGGCUGAAUUUUGUUGCCAAAGAUCAAAUCAUCCAAAAGGGUUGAAGAGAAAAGUUGAAGAAUGUUGAGAUCCCCUCCCCCCUCUUUUUGAUUUGAUCAACUAAGACCCUUGUUAAAUAGCAAGCCGAAAAGCUACGCGGAAAACAUGGAUUGCAUAUAUGAUCUCACGAAGUGGAGAAUGUUGUUCUCUAUGUUUAAGAUUAUGCCACAUGGCAGCGUUCUCUGGCAAACGUAGAACUUUCUUGUGCUUUAUUGUAACGUUGAAUUGCAUCUCAUCCAUUUAUUCAUUUGCCAUCCUACAUUUUCGAAUUUGAUGGUAUUGU